AUGGAUUUAGACAGCUUCCCGAUCCACGGUGAACAGCCCAUCAACCUCCGCCAAGAACUGGGUAUCAUGUUCGGCUUCCUGGCCGCUUGCAUCCUAACUGUUGCUGUAUACUAUAUCUUCUGGCAGGCAUCCCAACACCGCGCCGCUGCCCGCGACGAAGUCCGUCGCAAAGAUCUCCGAGCCCGCGGCUUCCACCACGAACGAGGCGGAUACCACGACAAAGCACUCCACCGCUACGCCAGUCGAGACCCGAUUGCGCAGACACAGGGGCAAACGCUAGAAUUCCUGACUGAACCGGAUCAGGUCAAGAAUGAGAAGCACAACCUAAACAAUAAUAAUCAUAGUGACGAUGGGAUUAGUGAUAGUAAUACCAUCAUUAGCAGGGAGAAGCAGGUCGACAGCGGAAUGAGUGGCACAACAGCAGCUGGUACAGGAUUGAGGAUAAAUACGCAUGAACACGAGUCUCUAUCUGGGAAGGGGAAUUCACUCUCGGUUCAGAAUGGGAGUGCGGUGAGUAAUCGGACGCCAUUGUCGAUGAUGCAUGCGAGCGCUGGGCAGAGCGCGAAGGACAUGUUUUGA